AUGGCUCAGGACCCUUCAUCGACUUCAUUGGUGAAAGUGCCCGUCCUGCUGCUCAAGACCAAGUCAACUCCGGGCGACUCGUAUGAGGACCUACUCUCACGUGAACACGACGGGUAUGCCUUUGAACCAGCUUUCGUCCCAGUCCUGCAACAUACCUUUCAGGAACCGGGCAUGACGACGGUUCAGGACGUCUUGCAGCGUCGGGGGAUCAACAACGGCAUCGACUGCUCGUAUGGCGGUCUCAUCUUCACUUCACAGCGAGCGGUGGAGGCAUUUGCCAGCUUGGUAGACGAGAAGAAGGGCACUGAAGAAAAGUGGCCUCAUCUCCAGAACGUCCCAGUCUAUAGCGUUGGCCCGGCCACCACACGAGCUCUCCAGUCCAUCUCACAGGAGGCUCCGUUGCAGAUAUUUGGUGAGCACACGGGCAAUGGCGACGCCUUGGCCAAGUACAUCGUGAGCCAUUACGGCCAAAGGUACCAAGACCGGCCGACGAAGCCACCCCUGCUCUUCCUCGUUGGCGAGCAGAGGCGGGAUAUUAUCCCCAAAACCCUCAUGGACACGAAGUUGCCCAGCGACGAAAGGAUUCAAGUCGACGAAGUCGUGGUUUAUGGGACGGGUGUCAUGGAGUCAUUCCCUCAAGACUUUGAGAAUCACCUGAAAGCUACCGAAACCCGGUCGACGCGGUGGGUGGUUGUCUUUUCUCCGACAGGCUGCGAAGGUAUGCUGCGUGGGCUAGGAAUGCUGGACGAGUCCACAGGUAAGGCCAAGACAGACCGGCUGGACGGGCGCAAAACGUUUAUUGCAACGAUUGGCCCGACGACAAGGGACUAUUUAAGAAGAGCGUUUGACUUGGAACCAGACGUCUGCGCAGAAGAACCGAGCCCAGCAGGCGUCCGACGAGGCAUUCUUCAUUUCAUGGGAAAAGAGAGGUAA